GCUAAUUCCUGGGUCAACGGGUGCCUUCCCUUUUUGUCAAGGACCUUGCGUUGCCUCUAGUUGCUGUUGAACGGUGAUCUGUAUUCUUCUGAAUGAUGGAUUAGCAGAAAUAAGGUAUCUCAAAAGAAUGACGGACCAUUCAUAGUCUGCAGUUCUGUGCAUUCAUUUCUCGAGCUACCGUACUUUUCUCCCAAACUAUAGUGGGGAGGGACUUGUCAGGUUGCUCCUUAGGUUUUUUCUCUCUCUCUCUCUUUUUCCUCUUCAAAAUAAUAGAUAAGUUAUUGGAACAUUUAAAAUCCUUUGAAAAAAUAUGAGUGGAGGAUUAGCACCAAGCAAAAGCACAGUUUAUGUAUCUAAUUUGCCCUUUUCAUUGACAAACAAUGACUUAUACAGAAUUUUUUCAAAAUAUGGGAAAGUAGUUAAAGUUACAAUUAUGAAAGACAAAGACACACGAAGAAGUAAAGGUGUUGCAUUUAUUUUGUUCUUGGAUAAAGAGUCAGCACAGAACUGUUCUCGGGCACUUAAUAAUAAACAACUAUUUGGAAGAGUAAUAAAAGCAAGUAUCGCUAUUGAUAAUGGAAGAGCUGCAGAAUUCAUCCGAAGGAGAAAUUACUAUGACAAGUCAAAAUGUUACGAAUGUGGAGAAAUAGGACAUUUAAGUUAUGCGUGUCCUAAAAACAUGCUAGGAGAACGUGAACCUCCCAAAAAGAAAGAUAAAAAGAAAAGGAAAAAAGUAAUUGAACAAGAAGAAAUAGAAGAAGAAGAAAGUGAAGAUGAGGGUGAAGAUCCGGCUCUUGACAGUCUCAGUCAAGCUAUAGCUUUCCAGGUACUAACAUAAAUAUUUAUUGCAUUA